AUUUUUCAUUCACUUGAUUGUAAUCUUCUAAUUGGGGCGUCUCUGGACUUCGUAAGACCUUUUCGAAACUUUUGUAGGCGAGGGAAACCAGCCAAUAUGCCUGGGUACAGUUUAGCCACCUCAGACAAGGAAAGCAUCGAUCAUAAGUAUCUGUGCAACUCCUGUGGUUUGCUCUUGCGAGAAGCAAUGCAGACGGCUUGUGGACAUUUCUACUGUAAAUCAUGCCUUGGAAAUCUUUUCACGUAAGCAGCAAAGCAGCGUAGUUUUUAGUAUUUUUCUCUUGAUCUUGUUUGUCCAUGAUGGGCAUCGCUAAAGGUCUGCAGUUAGGAGCUGCAUCAGCCGAAGCACGUUAGGGAACUGAUCGGCACGUGUAUCAGCUGCGUGCAUGCAUGUUGUUUGGUGCCUUUCGUAACCGCCACUGCAUGAGUUAAAAUGCAUGGCUGUUUUGCAGAGUCAAUAUUUGAUUACUCAAUCCAAAACAAACCAAACUAUAAUUGCAUGAGUUUUAUUAAAGGGGGCCCACACAAUCUGUUUGUCUGACCGAUGUAAUUUUUAUUAUGUGGUAAAAUUGUACCGGGGGGGGGGAAUUCCGCAUAUUAAAGGGGUGGGGAUGCUCGUCGGAAAUUUUGAAUUAAGAAACGGUCCAGAUAAGAACGAUAGCAUCGACGGCAACGAACGUGUUGGAAUGCAAAAAAGGUGCUAACUUUUCCAUUGUCUGUACUUACUUCUGAUUGACUUAAACAGCAAAAGUUUCGUAAAGCGGUACAUACAUUCAUCCUUACUUUCCAACCAUCUUCCAUAUAACAAAAUCUGGUCUCAGUUUGAAUAACAAAGAAAUCCUAUGUAGGGAACAUGUAAAAUUGUAAACUUUUCUUGGCUAUUGUUUUCAACUCUUGUGAUUGGUCGAAAUCUUUUGACACAAAAAAACACCCUUUGAAAGUGGAGUGUAAAUGCAUUUUAUUGCGUAAACGGCCUUCAUGUAGGUUUAUGCAUUCUCUGUGUAAAAAUGAGAACAUUUCUACAUUUGGAAAGCACCGUUGCCGCAUAACAAAAGAAAUUGCUAUCCACCUUACCCGGAUCAUUACUUAAACACCUAAAGGAGACCGAUGUGGGCGUGGCCCAAGCUUUUUUUGACCCCUAAAAGAGACCAAAAAAAUAUACGUAUCAAAUAUAUAUUUAUAUAUUUUUUCGCGUGCAACCCUAAACGAGACCUUCACGGUUAAAUAUGAUGGCUUUUUUCCCAGAACACCCUAAGUGAGACCAACAUCCGAAAUUUACACCCCUAAGCGAGACGACGAGCAUCCCCACCCCUUUCAUAUGCAGAGUGCCCCCCUGGGAAUUGUACUCACUGUAGGGUUUUUAAAAUACAUACAUUAAUUUAUGCUCGAAAGUUUGAGCAUGAUGCAUUUGAGCGUUACUCUCAAAACAACAGCAUUACGCCUUAUGCUCGAAAAGUAGCAUUAUGCUCAACUGAUCUUGGCUAUAUUUAACGCCCUUUUCCAUGCCUGCAGACAAAAAAUACCUCCAUAAGCCCGAAUCAAAGUAUUUCAUUGCAUCAAUUAAAAAUUUACAAGAAAUAUUAACAUCAAAUAAUGCUCAAAAGGACCCAAAGUGUCUUAUUUCAAUGGAACUCUCCAUAUUUGGAUACUCUCUGGUCAGUUUGCAGCCUGGCAUAAUGAUGCAACAGUGCAGCAAGGCCUUGAAAGUAGCAACAAAGCCUUUGAAUAUAUUAGUUAAUUUUUUUACUUUACUAAAGGCACUUGAAAGUGAAAAAUAGUUUCCCAUUACAUUUUUCUGGAAAUAUUAAUUUUCUCAUCAUUAUUCAUCUCUUUAUGCUAAAAAGUACGUAAAAAAUGCCCAUAUUUAUGCUGGCAUUUUACUCGAGGCUCCGACUAUACCAUUAUGCCCCAAUUUAUGCCGCAUGUGUCUAACCUUAGUAUUUACUGUUUGCUUCAUCUGUAGAGGCAUAUCACUAAAUAUGGGGUGUCAGUAAAACGCAGGGUUGGGGCCAUGGCCAGGGUUAAGGGUUUUGCAUGUUUUAAAAUAAUGUUGUUUUAGGGUUAGGGUUAAAGUUGACACUAACCCUAACCCUAACCUAACACUAACCCUAGCCCUAAAACAGCAUUAUUUUAAAAAAAGAUAGACUCCAACCCCAGCCUGGCCCCGACCCCAACCCUGCCUUUUCCUGACACCCCUAAAUAUGUGCAUGUAUAAAAGUUAAACGUUUUGUUACCUCACCUUCAGUAAAGUGUUGUCCUUUUGCCUCAGAAGUGGUAUUUUGAGCAAUUUAAAGGAUUUUGAGUUCGCUGUUUACUGUUCCUCACAAGUAUACUCACUUGAAAAUAUGUUUGCUACAGAACAGAGAUUCGAGCCUCAUUUUCAGUUUCAAAAUUACAGUGAAAUUGUCACUAAAACACCAGCCUCGUUCCUAGGGUUCUCUCCUGCCCGUCCCUAUGGAGCGAGCGAGAGAGAGAGAGGGGGGGUAGGAGAGAGAACCUGGGAACGAGGUUGACUAAAAGACCACCUUCUAAAUAAUGUUUUUAAACGUUAGGAGUCUUUCACAGUCUCUGCUUUUAACUGGAAAAUAUCUAUUGUGUGAGUUAUCAGUAACAUGCAAUGCAGUUUGGGAAUGGCUCGAGAUGGUGGACGAUAGAAAAACAGUACCGUUGCCAUACACAAGCUGAGUCAUAAAGCAUUGCUCUAUACUAGUUAAGAAUCUGAGUUUUAAAAUACUAUACUUGUGUAUUUUGAGGAUAUGUCACUGGGAAACUAUAUUUCAGUUCCAUUGAUUUAAGAUCACGGUAAUGACCCAGUACUGGAAACGAUCAUUAUGGUCCUAGGGCUUGACUUUACCAUAAAAUUAGGUUGGUUACACAAACAGAUUGCGUGGCCUCCCUGUGGUUUCAUCAGCAUGGCUUUGAAUUUCGAUAGUUGCAUUGAGCCCAUUGCAUGAAAACCCGGCCAUAAAGAGAAGCAAAUUGAACAUUAAGAACCUUCAUUGAGUGUAUGGGUCUGUUUUAAUAUUAGCUAAAAAAGUUCAUCUUCAAUAUUGCAGAGAUGUAAUAAGAGAUGGGUGUUUCAGCUUGAUUUGUUUACAGGAUCAGGUGGAAUGGAAUCAAAAUGAGGUAUGGUAGAGUCCUUUAUACGGCAGUGCCUCAAAGGUCCACCAUGAUAUCCUUAAAAGAAUAUUGCUAGCAAAUUAAACUAUUUCCAUUUAUUAUAUUUGGCUAUGACAUGAUGUUUACAUAUUAUUUUAAUGGUGCUUCAUUAGUUUGAGUGUACAUUUUAUUCACUGUUUUGAUUCAUUGUACGUGAUACCGGUCAGUGUAAAAUGAAGAUUGCGGACUGCAGACUGCGAACUGCAGACCAGGGGUAAAGUGCAGACUACAUGACUGAGAUCUAGAGUAAAAUGCAGGUUGGGUGCAAAAUGUCGUGAGAAUGAGGACUGCAGACUGUUUAAACAUUUGUGCUCCUUCUUUUCCAAAUAGCUACCUAGUCAUUUACUAUACACACCUUGCUUCCCAGUUGAAGUACAUUAUUGCACAUUCACCAGAAGUUUCAAUGAACAUCCGAACAGCUAAAGUCUGCGUACCUUGAUUUGCAAUCAUACUUUCGUAGAAGGUCAUCCAGAUUUCCUGCAGAACAUCCUUCUUUAUUGUUUUUUGGAAUUCGGGGUCGGCAGUUUUUAUUUAACAUAAACAUCUUCGUGUUGUACCAGUUCAUGGUCAUGUGUAGAUCUGUUCAAAAACUUCACAUCUAAAGGUCAUUUUCAUACACAGGACAAUUUGCAAUAAUGAUUUAUAGCAAAACACAGCAUUGCAUAUAUAUUGUUGGAACAUUAUGUUGCAGCUUAAUUCAAAACAAUGUUGCAACAUUACAUUUUGCUAAAAAUCAUCGUUGUGAAUCAUCCUGUGUAACGUACAUCACCUAAAAGUUGAAGCAUGAGGUCUCUCAGAUGGAAAAAAGGUACAAGAUUGCGAUUAAGUUUUCGGGUCCCCGGCAAAUAUUGUUCCAGAGAUGAAAGGGAUGGAUUUGUGAAAGCAGAUGUCAAGUAUAUUGGCAGUGAGAAUUAAUAAUUUUUUGCACUUAACAUGUAAAAUAACACAUAAAUAAUAUACUUUGCAUCAUUUUAUUCACAAGCUUUUCUUUUAAUAGACCUAUUUGGCUAACUCAAAGUUGUAGUUUUACCCAAUUCAAAUCUCCCAUGGUCAAGAUCAAUUCUUUGUGUAACUGUAUUUGCGGGAUUUUUUUGCCCUUAAACCCCUCUGCAACUAUAUACAGUUCAUAUGCUCGGUCUGCAUUUUACCCCCAGUCUGCAGUCCUCAUUAUCUGCAUUUUGCACCCAGCCUGCAUUUUACUGUCAGUCUACAGUCUGCAUUGUACCCCUGGUCCACAGUCUGCAGUCCACAAUUUUCUGAGAUUUUAGGCCCCAUCCACAGGUAUCCGGACAUUUUUGAAUCUGCAACUUUUUCUUUCCAGAUACAGCUUCUGUCCACUUGAAUCCAGUGAGUCUGGGGCACUUUCCAUUCAACAAAAAUUCCAGUUUGAAAUUUUGGAAACUUCUGACAUGCUCAGUGGAAUGGUAGGUUCCAGUUGCACAGACCUGACCCAAGCCACCGUGCAUUUUGUUAUUGUGGUUUCACAGCAGACUCAAAAUUACACUCUAAAAGAGAAGAGUAAAUACUGUUUCAAUCCUAAAGAACACUCGAAAACUGGAAAACUAAAGGAGGAGGAAUCCUAUUUCUCAGUAUAUUCGAACAAUUCCAAGCAAUUCCUGGAACUGUGCAGUAAAUAAAUUCGGUGUUUUGGCCAAAUUUGUAUUCAGGCAGGCUUUGGCUUAACUGAUGAAUUAAAUGCUUUAGUUAAAUAUCGUGGACAGGUUUCAGACAAAAUAAUAAUACGCUGAUUCUCUUGAUCACGGACUUUAUACACACACACUUUUUUCGCCUACAGUGUCGUGUUGCGUCAGUUAUUUGACACUGUUAAUGGCAAAUAUCAAGAAUGGAAAAAAAAUUGCAACUGAUUCAAACUAUUUGAGAUGUCAUGGCUUUACUCUCAGCACUUCACUUCCCAUCGGAAACUACUUGCUCUUGUAAGCAGGAUACAAAAGAGCGGUACUGGGGACAACAAUUUUGGCAAGUGGAAAGGGACAUUUCAGUCUGAGUGACCGAAAUGACCAGACCAGUCACUGUGGACCACCUUCAAAGCUCAGGUCCCGAAUAUUCCGGUCAGACCAAACCGAAAUGGUCCGUUCCAUUUAUGAACCUACCGAAAUUUCCGGAAUUUUGGCUUGAAUGGAAAGCGCCUGUGGUAUACGAAUCUGCAACUUUAAUUUUGAAUCCACUCUCAUCCAGAGCCAGUGGAAAUUGUUUCAUGUGCUAUGAAUCUGGAAUCAUGUGGAUGCUAAAAUUUAUACAAACAUUUUUUUAUCCAGUGACGCAACAAGAUUGAGCCCAGUUCUUUACUGUGAAUACUGUAUUCAAGAUGGCAACCUUGUUCCAAGGUUCUCUCUCUUUAACCCUUCGAGGCCAGGGUAAAUGAGGAGUCAACCUUAACUUGCUCCUUGCAUUUUCCUUUGACUUCUGAGCUGAUUCUACCAUACUUCUAGCGAUAAGAUAGAGAAUCAUAACACAAGACAGAGCAAGGUGCAAAAUUUGUGUGCUUAAUUACAACGCGUGCUCUGUUGCCAAUAUUUCCAAAGGAGUCCUAGGUACUAGAGUGAAUCCAGAUACAUGUUGAGUGGACAGGUAAAUUCGAUUAACCGGAUAGGUGACAUGCAUGAACAUGGAAAUUUUUUAUUCUGGAAAGAAAAAGUUGUGGAUUAAAAAAUAUCUGGAUAUGUGUGGAUGUUGCCUUCCCAGGAAGGUCAGGGGAGUACACGGUACUUGUGAAUAGCACAGUCAUUAACUUCAUAUUCAUCAGAACUUGUAAGAUCCAUAAUUCAAGCACCUCUAGGUUGUUAUGGGAUCAUUGAGGCCCCACAUUGUAUGCCCUCUGCAUCUUGAAAUUCAAAACAAUAUCUUGAAAGCUAUAUAAAUAUCACAUUUUAAAUAACCCAUUUAUGAGGGAAAAAAGGAAAGGGACUUGAAGAUAAAAGCCACAGAGGAUUAAAUAACAGAGGUCUCGAUCGAAAUGCUAACGAGUGAAAUUGUGUGAGCUAGGCCAUGAAAUGUAAACGUGUUCUCACAGCUCUGUGAAGUCUGCUUAUUCAUUCUCUAGCUAUUUAUUUUAACUGAGAAUAUCACUGUAAUUUUCUUGUGGGACAUUAUAUCGAUUAAGCAAAAUUGUCUGCCUAAAAAAUGCAAUGAAAUAUUUUAAUGUGUUACUUGUCAUCUUUCUUCAGUGUCUUCAUUGAGCUUCCUCACCUGGCAAUUUAACCUGUCAUAUUAAGGGACAAUUUUAAAAACAAAGGUGAUCAUUGGUCGUAAUAACAGGGUGGAUUAACGUUUUUUCAAGUACAAAAAUGUGUGGAAUUUUAUUCGGACCACAAAAAAGUGGUUGUAAUAAAGGGCAUUCACUGUAAUAAUUUAUUAUUAAGAAUUAUGGUAUUCACAAAAUACAAGUAUAAAAAAAUUGCUGUGCGGUGACUGUUUGUAAAUGAAAUCUCAAGGAACUGCUAGAAUUGAGCUAGGACUUAACUAAAAAUAUAAAACACAGAGUGCACGUCAUUUUUAAUUUUGGGCAGAAAUGCUGUGCAGUGUUUUGUUCUGAGAUAUUGAAUCUUAUAUAUCAUUCUGGGUCUUAACAGGGCUGUCACUGAAGGUGGGGUCUGGGGUCAGAUAUUUCCUCUGGCUAUUAUGAGCACAUGACCCGCCAUGCUCUCACAGGAGGAAAGGAAAAAGAAUCAAAAGAAUCAAUCUGUUCAACUCCAUGCUUGAAAUCUCAGUGACCUGAUUUAACUCCUUAAUAUUUUCAUAAUUUGUUACUUAAUUCUUUUUUUUUUAGGUUUUUCCUGAUAAUUUCAUGCGCCGAGAAGUACAAGCUUUUGUUGUCAGCUGCACAUUUAAGGAUGAAGGAUGCCAAUGGAAAGGCAAAGUCAGGCACUUGGAGGUAAAAAAGGCUUGAAAAAAGUAAUGUUACUCUUGAGAAAAUUUUCAAACCGUUAAUGUAUCAGUAUUUAAUUGCUCUGUAAAUUUAAACUAGCAGUAACUGCAGUUGGUUAAUAGGAAGUGCGGGCGAGCAUGUGCAGACUGAUUUUGAGGUAAAAAAUGUCUUGCAAGGAAAUGCAUGGCCAUGGCAAAUCCUGCAAUAUGACAGAGAAGUUGUUGAAGGCAGCAUUAAUUACUACAGAACAUGCAGUGGUAUUGGACAGGAUUAGAGAAUAAACGAGUCAAUAUGGAGUACACUGCUGCGUAAAUUGCUCAAGUCAAACCAUCCAAAAAGGAAACUGGGAAAGCAGCAAAAGAGAUGCAGAAUUGGCUGACCCUUCUACCAAAUCAGGGGUUAGAACUGUAUAAAUCCCAUGGCCUGAUUUUUUGCAUGGAAAGAAUCAUUUUAACAGCAAACUUACAACAGAAAAUCAUUGAUUCAUUCGCCCCCUGAGCUGCCUGUAACUGCCUGUGCGGAACCACAUCUCUUCUACCGCUUGUGAUGUCACCAGUUUUAACCCAUUCGCUCCUGGAGAUUUUACCAAAAAACGCGUUUUGAAGCUAGUCGAGUGGUUUUCUGGUCACUGUCGUGCUAUAAAGAGCUAAAACUUACCACAAACCGGUUUACAGGUCGUACACUUGACGGCCUUCUGAUCCAGAUGCAAAAUAUCAGCUUGCGAAGUUCGGGCAUGCGCAGAAAGCAAAAUUUUGGGUUUAAAAGUGACACAGCAGUCUUGACUUUUACUUUUCGCUUUCUCUCCUCCCUUCUUUUUUCGCUUUUCUUGCCUCAUUUUUUUUUUUCUCUUGCUGGGCAUUUAGUAGGCUUCAUUUUGGUGGGAAGAGUUUUUAGGAAAGCUUUUAGGAUCUUAGGAUUAGGUGAAAGGAAAGGUAGGUGGGUAAUGGAACAAGAUUUUCAUGGAGAUUUUCAGGUCCUUGUCACGUGGUUUUUUGCUUCUUUCUCCGGUGUCCUUGACUGAAUUGUGCUCAUUCUGGUAUGGUUUGAAAGAUCUCUUCACCCUGCACAAGUUAGCGAAGAAAGUUGUCCUUGACCGUUAAAACUGAUGACGUCACAAAGGGUAGAAAGGACCUGGAUCCGCACGGGCGGUUACGGGCGGUUCAGGGGCGAAUGGGUUAAUGAUCAAAGACAACUUUAUAUGCUGACAUUGUGCAUAGUGAGGAGAUCUAGCUUUUAAACCAUACCAGAAUUAGCACAAUUCAGUCAAGAACACCUGAGAAAAAGGCAAAAAACCAUGUAACAAUGACCUGAAAAUUGCCAUGAAAAUCUUGUUCCACUACCCACCUAUAUACCUUUCCUACCAUCUAAUCCUAAGAUCCUAAAGCUUUCCUAAAAACUUUUCCCACCAAAAUGAAGCCUACUAAAUGCCCAGCGUAAGAAAAAAAUGAGGCAAGAAAAAGAGGGAGGACAGAAAGCGAAAAGUAAAAGUCAAGACUGCUGCGUCACUUUUAAACCCAAAAAUCUCGAAACUUUGCUUUGUACGCGCAUGCCAGAACUUCGCAAGCUAAUAUUUGCAUCUGGAUCAGAAGGCCACAAAGUGUACGACCUGUGAACAGGUUAAUUGGUGGUGAAGUUUUAGCUCUUAAUAGCACGACAGUGACCAGAAAACCUCUCGACUAGUUUCAAAACGCCUUUUUCAGCAAAAUCUCCUGGGGCAAAUGGGUUAAGUCAGCUCAUGCAAUUAGGGCACCUUGCAAUUGGUACGACAAAAAUUAAGCAGAUGCUCCGUGCAAAGUAUUGGUUCCCCAUUAUGAAUCACCUGAUUGGCCAAACAAUAGAACUGUUUUGGCAGUCAAGUAUGUCCACAAAGAGUCACAAACAAGAGCCCAUUAAGCAAGCCAUCGGUUAUUCUUGAAGAACCGUAGGAACAGAUCUCUAUUGAUUUUAAAGGACCUAAUACCCUGGUCAGAAUGCAAAGAAAGUCAUUUUUAUGGCUUGCCAAUCCUGAAUGGCAAGCUGAAGCUUAGCAUUUACUAGCCCAAAAGUUAUUUCAACCAGCCCGAAAACUUUUUUAGGAGCAGACUUGAUUUCACAAAUCGUCUGUAAUUUGAAGUCCUCAAAAAACUUCACUUGCCCGUUAGGCAAGUUAAGAACAGAAUUCACUAGCCCUAUACCAAAAUCCACUAGCCCCGGGCUAACGGACAUGACUUUCUUUGCAUGCUGCUGAUGAUCAUUACAAUUUAGUGGCCACUGACGAGAGAACGUGGUAUCCUAUGGUAGAGGUCGUGUCUUCAACUGGAUUGAAGCAUAGUUAAUAGAGGGGACCCUCUAUACUAACUAUGGUUGGAGCAAACGAAGGAAAAGUUGAAAAAGAUCUUUGGAUGGGUAACUUCAGACAACGGACUGCCAUUCAAUUCAGAACAGUUCAAUGAUUUUGCAAAGGAAGAAGGAUUUCUACAUUAUUGAGUCACCCCAAAUCAACCUAGAGCAAAUGAGCAGGUGGAGAGAUUUAUGCAGACCUUAAACAAGACAGAAAAAAUUGCCCAUCUGCAAGGGAAAUCAGGAUCAGAUAGAAACGUGGCUAUCCAAGAAAUGUUAAUGGCUUACAGAGACACGUCACACCCUGUGACUGGCAUUUCACUUUAUCAAGCUAUGAUGAACAGACCUGUCAGAACUAAGCUGGGCUUAUAUUAGAGUGCUAUGGAAGGAGAGAAGCAGCCAAGAUGAAAUGAUGGAUAAGAAGGACAGCCAGUACAAGGAGAAGAUGGAAAAUGAAGGUGUAAGCAGUAAGGGACACAAUUUUGCCGUGGGAGAUCAUGUCCUGUUAAGACAAAGAUAGGUGAACAAAUGGUCAACCUUAUAUGAGCCUGUAUUCAACACAGUCAAAAAAUCAAUGGAUUUGCUAUUACUGCAAGAUGUAUUACAGACGGCUGAGAGGUUUUAGCGAGAUGCUAGCCAGUUCAAAAAUGGAAAUGCCAGGAGAAUGAAGAUGACGGCAGUCAGCAUGAAGACUGAAGAGAGACAGGUUUGAUGGGUGCGAGUAACAUGAAAGAUCAACCCAUUUCCCAAAGUAUGUUGAGCAGGAGAUUUACCUGAACUACCUGAACAAGAGAUGAAAGAGAAGCAACCACAGAGCCAGUGCAAGAGGACCUUACUAAACAGAGUGGUGGUAGUGGCAGACAACAGGAAGAAGGUGCAAAAGUAGUGAAUUGCCAGGAAGUGCGUAUGUCAAGCCCGGCCAUUGGAGACACUUCUUAGCUAUCCAGUCGAUCCACAAACCCACAAGCUAAGACUGAAAAGAACCAGGCGACGACCUGCGUACCUGAGUGACUUUAUUAUUACUGGGAGAUAUGUGUCCUACACUUACAUCAACUUGGAAUGGAAACUGACUAGAAAAUGAAUUAAACUGAAUAGGUUUAUUAAAUUGAAUAGUAUAUAAACUUAAUAGCUUUCAGUUCAUUAGUGUCAUUAGUUCCUACAACAAAUGAACAAAUGAUGAAAAUUAAAUUAUGUACCUUUGCAUGUUAACAAAUUCUGCGUAAACCUAUAAGAAACUUUUGAAAAAUUGACUGAAAUGUAGUGUUCACAUAACUAAAGCAUAAGGUAAGACCAGUGGGCCAUUAUGAAAACAUCCACUGUAAAGUACCUUCAUGGCAUUCUAUGGAACUUCCGUGGGGUUCCAUGGUUUGUGCUUGGAAUUUCAUAGAAUAAACCCAUUCAAUAAUCAUUUUUGUUUACCUCUUUUAUCAGGCCCACACUAGCAACUGUGAGUUUAUGAAAAUCCCUUGUGAUCAUUUUGAGUGUGGCAUGUUUGUGAAGAAAGCUGAUCUUCCUCAGCACCUGGAAACAGAAUGCAAGUGUAGACCUGAAACUUGUGGAUUCUGUAAAAAACAAAUUAGGCUGGACAAAAUGAAGGUAUUUUAUAAUGCUGUCAUGCUGUACCUAUGCUACAUGUAAAUAAAUUCAAUUUUAAUUAGUUAUAUAGCUUCUGCAAGAAUUAAGGGACACCUUAGGUGAUGUACAUUUAGUUGCCAGAAACUGAACGGCUUGGCCGUAACUUAUACUGGGCCAUGUCCAACUACAGUUUUGCUAAGAAAAAGCCUUGAGAAAUUUUUUAUUCCUUUACUUUGUCGAGAUAAAAAAAAAUAUAAUAAUAAUCAUUACAAAUGUAACCACUAUGCAGCUUCACCACGAGAAGGAGUGUCCAGCAUAUCCAGUUGUGUGUGAAAAAUGCAACAAGGAUGGCAUUCCACGCGCAAAGGUAAGAGGCCAAGAAAUUAUGGAUCUCGUUUCCUGACUUUCGUAAAGUUCACGUUGGUGCCGGGGGGGGGAGGGGGGUAGUCCCUUACAUAGGCCAUGUAGGUAUGUGCAGCCCCAAAGGGUAGGGUUUUUGCGCCGUUUUGGUCUGAAAACGGGUAUACACUUUGCCCAUUUUGGUCUGGAAUCGGGUAUGGUUUUGGAGGAAACUACGAGAGCGAGUGUAUGAAGGUAUUUAUCGUUUCAAUUCCCCUCUGAAUAAAAAAAGAAAGAGGAGUAUGGGAAUUCAAAGUGGAUUUUAAGAGAUCUUUUCUGUUGACGUUCUAAUCUAAGUGGAUGUAAUGAUAACAUAAUUUCUCAGAGGUCAGGUCUGAAAACCGGUGUGAAAAAUGACAUUUUUCUGUCUGAUGUAGGGUCAGAAUUGGUAGUUCCGAGCGGCACACUCCCACCAAGAAUUCUUAGAAGUACUCCCCCGGGCUUUGGUGAUUGAUUCGAAUCCUAUUGUGCCGCACCAAGGUUUUUUGGGCUUCUUUUCACAGUUGCCUAAAUUCCAAACAUGCCAGCUAUCAUGAUGAUUAUUUCUUUUUAGGAUAUUUCUUUUUAGGAUAGGCUACUUACCAUUCAUUUACAUGGGAAAACUGGAAAUUCCGGUGGGAAUUACAGUUUUUCCGGGUCAAGCGUACCCAAAUAGGUUUUCUGUAAUACGGACAACGGGCACUAAAUCUCGGCCCCAGAGAGUAAAAUCGUAUAAAAUUAACCUCCUUAUUACGGACACAGCGGCGAUCUGGUGAAUCCCGAAUCCCGAUCAGUUGAAUAUGCACAGGGUGAAUCCCGUCUAGUCUGGCAGAUGAGCUAUGAAUUUCAUCCGAUUACUUCGAGUCUUUAUUACUCCCUCAGUAACGUCUGAAUCGACCGGCCGUUAAUGCCGUCCAGUGACGUCACUACUCCUCGACCUUUGCUUUAAUUCAUGCAAAAACACGAUUUUCAAGUGGCAAACCGAGAAAUAUCGUUUGGAAAUGUCUGCAUGAUACAGAAUUGCUUUAUUUUUUUCGAUCGUAAUUCAUGUUUAGCGUUCAAACUAUCAAUUGCAUGCAGUACAACUCUGAACCGGUUGUACUGAAUUCUAUAAUCAACUCGGUGGCAAUCACGUAAUGAAAUAAACACACACACGAAUGCUUUAAUUGAAAAGAAGCUAUUUGAUCCUUAACGAAGAAAAAAACACAAGGAAGCAAGAAAGAAAAGCUAACAGAAUCAUUACACUUGACGGUGAAAAUAGCAAGAAGGUCGAAUUAUAACAUUGAUCUCAGAAAACUUCGCGUAAACAAAAUCACCGGCCGCCGAAACCACAAAGCGGCUCUAAAUGAAAAACCUACCGACUCUCCGCAAUGAUUCUUCAUUCGCAGUUCAAUUUCGCAUUUCAGUUUCGAAGACAAGGGCGAUUUUGCUGUUUAAGAUAAAGAUUAAGCUUAUCGAAAUGUUUGAACUACACGAAAGAAUGCCAGGGAUGCGAUUCGCUGAAAAUCAAGCGACAAUUCCGCUAAAAUUUUUCAUAAUUAUACAUAAUUAUGCGAAUGUUUAGACAAUCAACCAAUCAAAAUCACUACCCGGUUUUCGGGUAGUGAGUGACGUCACUGGACGGCAUUAACGGCCCGUCGAUUCAGACGUUGUUGAGAGGAGAAAACGACUCAAGCAAUCGGAUGAAUUUCAGGCUAAUAGCGCCGCUUAUAAUACAUUUCUAGUGAUCUAAAAGUACUCGGGACAGCCUAAAAAGUGUUUUAACCGUAUUUAAGAGGAAACCGUAAUUGGGUGCCCCUGAUUUGUUAAACCUUGACUAUGAAUUAUGGAGGAGCCAACUUUCUAAAAUGUGACUCUAAUGUUUCUUCGUUGGAUUGACUCGUUAUUCUUUUGCUUUUAGUUGUCGGCGCAUCAGAAUCUAGUUGUAGGAGACUGUGACGGAAACCAGAUUGGCCGCUCAAAUACUGAGGUAAGAGCAAAAAUGGAAAUUCAGUUUUUAAUUAACUGAAUUUACCUAACUUCAAUAAACCUUGGAAGAACGGCGCCAACUUCCUUCCUCGCAGUCAGUGGCUCCGCAGUACGUGCGGAUUGGAGAGGUGGGAUCGCUCGUUGGCAUGUAAUUGGUUGGGGGCGGUGGUUGGGGGAGACUUGGUCACCUCGGGUACAAAUUGGUGUUGUCUGUUUGGCCUAAACUUGAUUCGAAAUCUCUGUGGUCCUAGGUUCUUUUACGUCCCCAAUAAUCAUCCUAGGGCGACUUUUUUUACAGUCCGCAAACAAUAAGCGCACAGCUGUAAUAACAAUUUUCAGUCCUCUCUAAGUUUACGGCAUUGGGCAAGAUGAUUGUGCUUGAUGCCAUUGACAUUAGAUGUGGUUUAAACUGAAAUCCAAAUGUAGAUAUAAAACUUAAGAAAUGUGCAAGACUGCGUAAAAGAAAUAAAGCAAAAAAUAUAUUAUAGCCAGCGAAUGGACAUUGUUUCUGAACGCAAAUAAGAUACUCUGUACCGGAAACUGCAUGAAGUGUUUAUAAGAAAAACGUUGUCAAAACCUGAGCUGAAAAUGCUUUUUAAGGCGAUUUAAAUUAAAAACGAAAAAAUCUAAGUAAGAGACUAAGCGCAGGUGAGAUUCCUUGGGGGGCUAACUCUGAACUAUAUUGCCGUUUACAUGGUUUAGGCCUGCUAGAAUGAUUUAAGGAGGCAAGUCUAUUGGGUUAACGUCACCACCCAGUGAAGCGCAUUAUCUGUAACGAGAAAAGGUUUUAAUCAUAAUUAACAGCAGGAGUAUAACCGUCUCUCUUUUUUUAACCCUGUUUGGUGAGCCGUGUCAGGUAUGACUGAACCCGCGGGCUCCGCUCAGCAGACCGGCGGUCUUCCAACUGAGCUAAUGAGAUGUAGCCUGUGUAUAGACCCCCCUCCCCCCUGGCUUCUGGCUUCUCCGAUUUUUCUUGAGUAGAGGGGAGGGGAGGGGAGGGGGGGGGGUCUUUACACAGGCUAAUGGAUGGGGCCGCUAACCCUUCAUUAAACCAGAUUUGAAAUCUCUCAACUGCAUUUUCUUAAGAAACUACCGUGAUUUAUAGUCAGGAUAAAAUAAGCGAACUCUGGUUAAACAGUUGCUCUCCCUAUUAUUUAUCAGUUUUUCAAAUGCUUUUGAAACAUAACGAUUAGUUUGUUUGUAGGUUUUCAACCAUAAUGAUACGUUGGUACUGGAAGCAUUAGUGACUCGUGAUCGAAGAAUUAUGCCGAGAAGCCCGCAUAUCACCACAGACUCUGGUGUUAUCUGGCACAUAAUCUCUCUAAUUCAAAGAAGUGCAAAAGAAACGGAAGGUGUACAAGAACAACUGCGAGAGUAUUGCGAAGGAGUCACCUCCCUGAAUAGGAAAAAGGGUUCAGGAAACUCGUCGGCAGCGUCUCCAUCUACCGCUGACUACGAGGCCAUUAUCACACACUUACGCUCUCAAAUUGAAAUCAGUGAAGAAGAAAUCCAAAGUUUGCGAGAACAACUGCGAGAGCAUGGCGAACGAAUCGCCUCCCUGGGGAGACAAGUGGCUUUAGGAAAUUCCUCGGGAGUAUGUUCAUCUGCUCAAGUGUCUGGUGAUUCAGCUGGCAGUGUACCGAACAGCGACAUUACUCGAAGGGGACGCAAUCUUGAAAAUAGGACCGCUGAUCUAGAGGCGCUGUCGGCCGGAAAUGAGCGUGAAAUUGAGGCGACUAACAGCAGGGUUGACUAUAUUGAGCGCACACUGGCUGACAGAAGUGUCACUUUAGCUAACUUAGAGGAAAAGUUGAUGCAACUAGAGUUCCCAAGCUACGAUGGCCAGUUGCUGUGGAAAAUAACUGAGUUUGCGCGUAGAAGAAACGAGGCGGUCAGCGGGCAGAACGUCUUCUUCUACAGCCCUUGCUUCUACACCAGUCGCUAUGGAUACAAGAUGUGCGCCCGCAUAUAUUUAAACGGAGAUGGCAUGGGCCUAGGAACACACAUCUCUGUGUUCUUUGUUGUCAUGCGCGGUCAGAAUGAUGUAAUUCUCCGCUGGCCAUUCAGACAGAUGGUCACGUUCAUGUUGUUGGAUCAAGAUAAUGUUGAACACGUGAUCGACACCUUAACACCUGAUCCAAGCAGCUCUUCUUUUCAGAGACCAAGAAGGGAAACAAACAUCGCAAGUGGAUGUCCAACGUUCUGCUCGCUCACUGAGCUUACCAAUCACGCUUAUGUUCGUGAUGACGCUAUGUUCCUAAAAAUUAUAGUCGAUACAACUGACUUAUAAAGAGAACUUUUCUACCAUAUUCAAUUUACUUUUAGAACAAAAUUCAAAUUGCAAAGUAUCAUAUCUUUCAAUUGUAUACGCGAUUGCAUAUUUUGAUAUUUUUCAGUUCGUCACUAGUUUUGGGCCAAUCUUGUAUCAUCAUAAUUGUCCUCUGAACUGUACAUGCCUUAUGUAACCGAAAGCAGCAAUAGACUCUUGUUGACAAAAGCGGGAAAGAGUGGAUAAGUCCGUAACGCCAACAAAGAAUAACUAAAAGCGAUAAAAAUGGCGUCUGAAAAAUAAAUCAUUUUUGUUUUGAGUUAGCGCGAGACUCGAGUUACUAAGUGACCUUGUUACCGGUAGACAGGUGUAUAUAAAGUUCAAUUUGAUAAUCUUUGUCUCCAAAAAAAGACUUACAGAGUUACUCUCAAAGUUAGCCUUUAAGAUAUGAUAUAGGCUUUAAAACUUGUAGAUUAAAGAAUAGAUAGGCAUAGUUUAUUUACCUGACUUUGUAACGAAUAUCUUACCCUGUAGACAGGGUAUCACGAGAACGCGUCGAAGUUACCAAUUUGUAAGUAGUUUGCUAUUGGUAGCCCAGCAUUCGUCCUUUCUAUCAACAUAAACAACGAAAUCAAUGUUAGUUAGAAUCAUAUGUGUUAGACGAUCCUACAGAAUGUUCGUAGCUUUUGUUUAAGUAUAAUCGAAGAAAAUUCAAGUUACUAGGAACGGUGUAACGCAAUAUAUUUUUCAUUGUCAUUGCGUGCGUUGUAUCUCUGUGAACAAUUAUCGUAUAUAUAGGUUUUAUACUGAAAAAGAGGUAACAUAUUUUUCAAUAGAAUGGAUAAACAUAGUUUAUUUACCUAACUUUGUAACUAAUACCUUACCCUGCAGACAGGGUAUCACGAGGACGCGUCGAAGUUGCCAAUUUGUUAGUAGUUUGCUAUUGGUAGCCAAGCAUUCGUCCUUUCGGUCAAUAUAAACAGUGAUAAACAAACAGCGAAAUCGAUGUUAGAAUCAUCUGUAGUAGACGAUCCUACAGAAUGUUCGUAGCUUUUGUUUAAGUUAGUAUAACCAAAAAAAUUCAUAUUACUAGGAACGGUGCAACGCAAUAUUUUUUCAUUGUCAUUGCGUGCGUUGUAUCUCAGUGAACAAUUUUCGCAUUAUAGGGUUUAUACUGAAAAAGAGG